GCCGCUGGGUCCCUCCUCUGUCUGUUUUUCCUCAGUGACUGCGUCUCAGUGUCAGCAUGGCGACUUUAGAAACAAGGGAGUGUGAGACUGAUAACUGUAGCAGUGAGGCGAAACUGCAAUGUCCAACCUGCAUCAAACUGGGGAUCCAGGGUUCCUACUUCUGUUCACAGGAAUGUUUUAAAGGGAGCUGGGGUACCCACAAGCUGCUUCACAAAAAAGCAAAAGAUAAGACGAAUCAGGAUUCAAGCAAAGGUAUAGAGAAUGAUGUCAAUACAGACCCCUGGCCUGGCUAUCGGUUUACAGGCAAACUGCGGCCCUGCUAUCCACUGACUCCUAUGAGGCCUGUACCGAGCUAUAUACAGAGACCUGAUUACGCUGAUCAUCCAUUAGCUGCGGAAGUGGGUCUCAUGGCAGGAAUGUCAGAGUCAGAGCAAUCCCUAAAGGGCACCUCCCAAAUUAAAAUCCUUUCUUCAGAAGAUAUAGAAGGAAUGAGGGUGGUGUGCAAGCUUGCUAGGGAAGUACUGGAUGUAGCCUCUUUGAUGAUAAAGCCAGGGAUUACUACUGAAGAGAUUGAUCAUGCUGUGCAUCUGGCUUGUACUGCUAGAAACUGCUAUCCUUCUCCACUAAAUUAUUACAACUUUCCCAAGUCCUGCUGUACGUCAGUAAACGAAGUGAUCUGCCAUGGAAUUCCAGACAGCAGAUCCCUGCAAGAUGGAGAUAUUUUAAAUGUGGAUAUAACUGUGUAUCGCAAUGGGUACCAUGGGGAUCUUAACGAGACCUUCUUUGUUGGAGAAGUGGAUGAGGCAGCCAAGAAAUUAGUGCAGACUACUUUUGAAUGCCUAAUGCAAUCCAUUGAUUCAGUAAAGCCAGGUGUUCGUUACAGGGAGCUGGGUAACAUAAUCCAGAAACAUGCACAAGCCAAUGGGUUUUCUGUAGUACGAAGCUACUGUGGACACGGUAUUCAUAAACUUUUCCACACUGCACCAAAUGUGCCACAUUAUGCUAAAAACAAGGCUGUCGGCGUGAUUAAGCCAGGGCACGUGUUCACCAUAGAGCCAAUGAUUUGUGAAGGUGGUUGGCAGGAUGAGACCUGGCCGGACGGCUGGACUGCAGUGACCCGUGAUGGGAAGCGGUCUGCCCAGUUUGAGCACACUCUACUGGUGACUGACACUGGCUGCGAGAUCCUUACUCGACGCUUGGAAGACAGCGGCCGCCCCCAUUACAUGUCACAGAUGUAGGGUUUGCUGCUGUCACACUUGGUCUUUUGGCACUCUGCAGUGCACUGUUUACAUUACAGUAACAGACUGCAGUGCCUGUGGGAUUUCAGUAAUUGUUUCUUUUGAAAUAUUAUUUUAUAUAAGUAUUUAAGGACACCUGGUUUGAAUUUCCUAUAUUGGAUAUUUUAUUGUCAAGAACCACCAACCUUUUAAUGUCCUCAUGUUCUAUACAGGGUUUGACUAAGACAAAUUUCUUUAAAAGAAAUACAUGGUAAUUCAGCUUUUUCUUGUUAGUAACUUAAUAAUUUGGUGGUGCUUCACUACAGAAUAUGCUAAAAUCACAUUCAAAUCAAUUGGGUAAAAUGUUGAAACUGUGAUCUGUUAAACUUGGUGCACAAUGCAGUUGCUGGACAGCUACAAACACUUAUUAGGAAUCAAUAGGAGGCGGGGGGGGGGGGGAAUACAAAUUGAAAAAAAUAUAUGUAUGUAUCUGCUGAGCUGCAGUACUAAAGUAUUUUCAAUGCCCACAGUGAGAUUCCAAAUGUGGGGGUAGAAAUGUACCUAAUUUGUCCGAUUUAUGGUUUUAGAUGCUUCCUAUUUGAUAAAAUGUGUGACUUGCACAAAGCAGAAAAGAAGUGUUUUGUGUGUUGUUAACAUUGAUUGUAUGACAAGAUAACCAGGUCACACACAUUUGAAUUCCCAACAAUCUUCCUGUGGUAUUUUUACAUUGCAGUUAAAGGACUCAGACAGUGGAGGUGAUUCUUUCUCAGCAGUGACGCUACAGUAUUACUUCUGAAGGCACGAUACAAACGAGAGAUCUCACCUCAAGAACUAUUUUUAAAGAUGCCCUACGGCACUGAUAUUUACCACACAUUUAGCACUGAAUUCUAGUUGCAUCGUCUUAUCAACAGUCCUUUCCCUUAUAGUACAACACUUACACCAGAUUAGUUUAGUGUUCAAACUGAAUAUAUUAUAAUCUACAGAAGUGAUUUGCAGAGAUUUUUAAAUAUAGGGCGGUUGUAAAUUAUUCAGAAAAGGGAUUUUUAUCAGUGCAAUUUCACAUGUACUUGUUUAAGGACAGAGCUGUGUGGCUUUGUAUAGCCAGUGACUCUCCAGUGGUAGAAGGCUCAUUUCAGCUUUUCAUAUAAAAAAAAAGAAGAAACCUCAGCUAUUAAGAUUGAGCCUGGUGAAAAUAUGUAUACCACCAGUCUGAUUACUUGAGAGACUUCAAAUACCUAACAAAUAAGAAACAUCCAAUUUCAGUAACGUGUAAAUAAAUGUAUUAUAACA